AUAAUUAUCCUAUCGAAAAGAAAUAUAGUCGAAACCACAAAGUAUUUGCAUAAAGAUAGAUUAGAGAGCAGAUAGAGAUGAAUAGCAGAGAAAGGAGAUGGUCUCUUCGUGGAAUGACAGCUCUUGUCACUGGUGGAACCAAAGGAAUUGGGUAUGCGAUAGUGGAGGAAUUGGCAGGGCUGGGUGCAAUUGUGCAUGCUUGUUCCCGAAAUGAGGUUGACCUUAAUGACUGCCUGAGUCAGUGGGAGAAGAAGGGUUUUCAAGUCACUGGCUCAAUCUGUGAUGUGGUGUCAAAAAUCGAAAGAGAGGAGCUUAUAAACAAGGUCUCAUCACUUUUUGAUGGCAAACUCAACAUCCUUAUAAACAAUGUGGGGACUAACUUACCGAAAGCAACGCUAGAGUACACAGCUGAAGAUUACUCAUUCAUAAUGAGUACCAAUCUUGAAUCUGCUUACAACUUUUGCCAACUUUCACAUCCUCUUCUCAAAGCUGCAGGAGCUGCUAGCAUUGUUUUUUUGUCCUCCACUGCUGGUGUGGUCUCAAUAGAUGGUGCAUCUAUAUAUUCUGCCGCUAAAGGUGCAAUGAAUCAAUUAGCAAAAAACUUAGCAUGCGAGUGGGCGAAGGAUAACAUAAGGACCAACAGUGUGGCACCUUGGCUCAUAACGACUCCCCUCGUUGAACCAGUUCUCCGAAAUGAAAAGAAAUUGGAGAUGAUAAACUCUAGGUGCCCUUUAGGACGUCCUGGAGAGCCAGAGGAAGUGUCUUCCUUGGUAGCAUUUCUAUGCCUACCUGCAGCCUCUUACAUUACUGGGCAGACUAUUAUCAUCGACGGCGGGGUGACCGUCAAUGGCUUGCUCUUCCAAGGAGAAUAACUUGGAAACAGUUCUAAAAAUAAUCUCGUAUCUAAUAAUUCCAAAGUGGUGUGCUUUUAUUGUAUGUGAAAAUGGAUGACAUCAUUAAUGUUCUAAUUAAAUAAGAAAAUAAAAGAUUGCCAAACAUUUGAUUUAUUGA